AUGGCGGCAAGAGGGAUUGAUAGUGGAUCUAUUUCCUCGAGGGUUUUAGUGCCUUCUUUUCAUGAUUUCUUGCUGGAAAUUGUUCCAAUGUUUACUGAAGAAAACCUCAGAGCCAUGAAGCGCUUUAUGAAGGAUGUUAUUUCGUUGAAGAUCGGAGUUGAAUGCGAUGCCGCUCGCGAUCUUUUAGCUGAACUGUGGAAAUCACACUGUAUCAGUGAACAUGAUUUGGAUUUGCUCGAAGAUCUGCUUGGCGUCAGUGGUAGGAGAGACAUCCUAGAUAUGUUACGUGAUUAUAAAAAGAAGUGUCCUUCAAAUUUGGAAAGUAUGUCCACAGAACCGAUCGGCGAGCUGAUUCCAGGUAAUUAAAUCAGUGGUUGUGAGUUUUAAAAUUUUCUAUCUUCAACUAGCUCCAAUAAUCAUACACUUUUUUUGAUACCGGAACUGAUGGCAUUCGUAACUUGCUACAAAUUCUUUUUUGAAGAGUAAGAUUGCUUAGGGUUUGACCACCUGACUGAAAAUUGCAGUCUUCUCUGAGAUUUCACAACUUGCUUUCUUUGUCCGGGAAUGAAAAUACUUAAAAGGGCGGCUUAUAACUUUGGCACAUUUAGCAAGGCUUUCUGUCCAAAUUUCAUGCUUUUUGAGAGUCUCUAAUAGAUCUAUGCAAAAUUUAAAAAAAAAAUUGCAGAGUAAUUUGUUUUCAUGCCUGGGCGCGUGUUUAAUUAAGCUUAUAGGAUAAUGUUUUCUUUACAGAAGUAUCAAAUAAUUUCUGUAUAAUUUAAAAAAGUCACGAAAUUCAGCUUUCUUUGUUUACAAUGCUGCUCACUCAAAGGAAUGGACAACAAUGUAAAAAGAAUUAAAGUGUCUUGAUUUCUAUCUUUAAUAUUCUUAUACACACAAUUGCAUACACAUGUGGCCUUAUCUGCUUGUGUCAAUUUCGGGGGUAGCAAAAAGAACGUCUAGCCAAAGUGCAGAGCUCCAAGAAUUUGGAUCAGAAGAAAAACAUGAUACUUCAAGGUUUGCAUAAACACUGCUGAGAUUUUUAGGAUCAGAUCAAAAUUUCAGUUUCCAAGAUCCAUGAUUAUUGAUGCAUUAUUUUGUCAUGCCUGUCAUAGCCUGUUAUAGUGUGGCAGGCAUGCUAGCAAGCUAAGGUCCUUUUAGGAUAAAACUCUGACAAGCGUCGUGCUUGAAACAGUGCCAUAGGGCAGCAGAAAUGGCCACAAAUGAUUCAAAGAUGGGUUGAAACUGCGACAGCAACAGAGAAAAGUGCAAGUACAAAUAUUAAAAUACAUGUCUUCCUCCUCAACAUAUAUAGAGGAUAUUACAUGGCUGCACAGAGAUACAAAAUUUCUCUUCGAGGGUUGAAAAAUAUUAACGAGUGAAAUAUUUUUUCAACGCGAGGAGAAAAAUUUUGUAUCCCCAAGCGGCCAUGUAAUGUUCUAUUUAUUAUGUAAACACCAAUGAAAUACCAAACCAUUUCACUUUAAUAGUUUUUUGGUGUGAAAGGCACGAGUUAUUAUGUAGCCAUAGCAAAGGUGAUAUUUUCACAUGUGAAGAUAUCAAGUUUUUGCAUGAAAGCUCACCUGGUAUUUCAUUAAUUUGGUGUUUAUAUAAUAAAAGACAAUACGUUUUCAAAUUCAGAUGAGGGACAUACAUAACCCCCCUAAAGGCUGGUUAUCACUAGUGACAGAGUUUGAGUCGGAAUCGUAAGCAGAGUUGUAAGAGCACUUAUGAUCUGGUGAAAAUCAAAAGUCAAAGCUGUAAGCAGAAUCAUGAGCUCUACAGAAUUGGAGUCGGAAGAACCAGAACAUUUCUAUAUUCUUCCAACUCCACUUUUGACUCCGUCGCUUCGUUCCACUUAUGAUCUAGUGAAAACCAGGAUGUCAGAGUCAGAAGCAGAAGUGAAAGGACAAACCAAUCGCAAUGCACUUUCCUACACUUUGUGAUUAGUUUAGUUCUUUUGCUUCUGCUUGUGACUCCGUCGACCCAGUUUUUGCUCGACCAUAAACAAUGGAGUCGUAUUAAAGCAUAAUCAGAACACUGUUUUCACUGGAUCAUAAAGUUCUACUCUUCUGAUUAUGACUCUGACUCCAUCGCUACUGUAUAAAUUCUUUAUUAUUUGAGAAGUAAAUUUUUCAAAUGGAAGGUUUUAUAGCAGAUCUAAUACCUUAAGAGGGCCUCACCAGCCUGUGUGCAUGGCAGGGAUUGAAUGGGGUCAGGGUAGGGGAUAGGGAGGAAAGUGAAAAAGGGAGAGGGACUUGGGCAAGGCAUGCAGGCCAUAGGGCAUUCAUUAGGCAUCAGAGAUUUCUCCAUUUACUACACAGAAUUCUCCAGCUAACAUGCGACAGCCUAUGACUAAAUUUUCUAUUCAGACAUGGAGCCUGUUUCACAAGAUUCUCCUGUAAAGUUACGCCUUUCUCCUGCUACUAGAAUUCUCAGUGAGGCCAUGCUUGUUAUAAUACAAAAACUUCCCUUAUAGACCACUUGUUUCUUAAAAGUAAUGAAUUCCCUUCUUUGUCUUAAUUUUUUUCCUUCUUUUUCCUUCUUUUUUUCUACAGCAUGUGGAAGGUCUAUCGUUUCCUUUAUACUACAUAGCAGUGAAGAUUCAGUGACUCAGAACAGGAUGAUUACUUUCAAGAAAUCUUUGUGCGAGAAUUUAAAGCUAGUACAGGGUGAAGUUACUUUCAUUCUGAGCGUCCGGUUUCCUCAGCCACAUCUGGUAUUUCAAUUGCCGACUGAGGCACUACCUGUUUUGCGACACUGUACUGGCUGGAGAAAAGGGUGGCUUUUUUCUUUGGAUGUUUCAGGGGUGCAGGUGUCUGGUGAACAGGUGAUUGCCGUACAGGAGCUGAAAAUAUCACAGCUUAGGCUGCAGGAAGAUCCUGGUAAAAUAAUAAUCAUUACACUUUGUAAACAAGGGGCCAACAAUAAGCUUAAACUAUAAAAAAAAAACUAGACAAUGUUGGCUAAUGGAUAGGAUUUCACUAUGCUUACAAUAAGCUACGUAUCACAGCAAAAAAGGAGAUGAAUGUAGCAUUCACUGGUUUGUAAAUGGGGUGUUAGCUUUGCUAAAAACUCACACCAGUACAAGGCUUUAAGUUAGGCAACUUUUGCAAAUAUAAUACAAAUUAUGCUAAUUUACAUUUAAAUUUACAUUUAAACAAACACAAAAUAGUACUUUCAACACCAUUAUAAAGGACCCUGAACACCGUCUGAACAGUUUAAUAUUAUUCAGUGGACUGUCACUUACAUUUGGAGGGGCGACUUAACACAGGGUUUUUUGCGUUACGCGUUUGGGGGGCUUAUAUCUGGAGGGGCUUAUUUUCGGAAUUUUGAGGUAUUCUUAAUUAAAAAAGACUGGAUCAUUAUUUUAAGAAUUCAAUUGAUGUGAAGAAACAUAUUAGCUUUAAUAGUCCGUGGUCCAGCAAGUGAAACCCUCCCCCCCAGGGGGGGGGGGGGGGAUUUUGCAGUCAUAUACCGUUUGAAAGCUUAGGGCAAAGAGAUUCCAAAUCAGGUUGUUUGCAGUUGUUAAGUUGCUGUACGUGACUGUACGGUGGCAUUUCUUUCUGGAGCAAAAUACCACAGGGUACCCAUGCCAUGAGUUUUAAAGAAAAAUUAUCAAAAAAAUAAAGCCAUGAAUAAAGCGACAUGAAAUUGUGUCUUUUUACUUACCUCUGUCGUCUCUACAGAAAUUUGCAUCUGGGCACCAUACAUCUGGCCCAUGGACUAUUAACCCUUGAAGCCCCAAUAUCCACAUACAAAUUCUCCAAACUGAUCUCUAUACAUUUCUUUAAAGAAUAAGUUGAGAUAGUUUGAUAAAAGUUUAAGGCAUUUUCUCUUAGGUGAUCAAUUUAUUAAUUCUCAUAACCUAAUCUCUGGACAUUCUAUGGAUAUGGUUAGGAGAAAAUUGAUGUUGGUCAUCAUUGGGACUUAAAGGGUCAAAAGAGUAGCAAAUACUGUGACAUAAACAGCUGGGUUUAUAAUGUGUUUCUUGUUUAUGCUAGUUCUUGUGUCUCCAAUACUGAGAGUCAGUGAAGCAGCCCGAACAGGCGAUGUCUCAGAAUUAAAAAGAGUACUUGAUGCUGAGACAAUUGUGAAGCGAGACUUCUUGCUUAAAACCCGCACUGAUGGUGCCACGCCACUAAUCGUAGCUGCAAGAAAUGGUAACACUGCUAUAGUACAGUGCCUCCUUAAUGAUUAUGAUGUUGACUUGGAGCAAGAGGGAACAGUUAAAAUCGAUGGCGACCUUAUUGAGUGUUGCACACCACUUUGGAUGGCUUCUCUUGGAGGUCAUUUGGCAAUUGUCAGGUUGCUGUUAGAGCGUGGGGCCGAGGUGAAUCAUACCACACUGACGAAUUCGACCCCGUUGAGAGCAGCAUCUUUUAAUGGCCACACUGAGGUACAGAUUAAAAGGCAUUUGUGUUUAAAUUACAGUCAUUGAUACUUAACUUGAAAUGAGUGCUGGGAAGAAGGCAGUUUUACUCUUCAUCCAAUGUCAAAUUCUCUUUUUGUUUCACAAGAAAGAAAACACGAGGCAAUUGUAAGGAGAGAGUAGCGAUUUAUCUAAAUAGUUUUUUUUAGGCUUUUUGGCACCCUUAGCAUGUGCCCUACAGCAGUGUGUGUGGAUUAAUAUUUUGUGCCCGGGCAUUUUAACAUAUUUUGUGUUUCUGAUGUUUUUAUAGGUGAUACGAUGCUUGAUUAGUCACGGUGCAGAUGUCAACAAGCGAAAUCAAGAUGGCAACACAUGCAUCAUGGUAGCCUGUUGGAAUGGGCACCUUGGUACAUUUGGAUUGCUGCGCACAUCUGGAGCAAACAUGGAUGUGCAAGAUAAUCAAGGCUUCUCGAUGAUCCACUGUGCUACGGCAGCAAAUAAUCUUAUGUUGUUGCAUGAGCUUCUUCCAGUGCCAAACAUGACUGCAGUAAAUGCUAAAACCUCGGAGGGUAUCACACCUUUGAUGCUUGCAUGCGAGAAGAACCACCCUGAUGUUGUUUUGUUUUUACUUCAGAGAGGUGCUGCAGUGGAUGAGAGAUCUGACAAAGGCCUCACAGCAGCUCAUUUCUGUGCUCUUUCUAAUGACAUUGCCAGUUUACAGCACCUCAUAGACUACAAAGCAGAUUUGUCAAAGUCCACUGAACGAGGGAGUACGGCGUUGAUGUUAGCCUGCGCUAAAGGGUAUGUUACUAUAGUAACUGCAUUACUUAGAAACACUUCAAAAUCCAAGUUGAAAAGUGAACUCAGCUCUGCUCUAAAGCUCCGCGGACUAACUGGACAACAAAGCUGUCUAGGGCUCCUCUCCACACCUUCAAGAGGAAUGGAUAUAAAUGUUGCCAAUGAAAAUGGUGAGACAUGUCUAAUGAUGGCCUGUGAGAAAGGCAGUGUGGAAAUCGUCAGGAUUUUGCUGGAUGAAGGAGCUGAUCCUAAUGUAUCAGACAAGAAUGGCAUCACGCCCCUCAUGAUCUGCUGUAGGCGUGGUCAGGAUAGAAUCGUACCUCUGUUGCUGAGAAAGGGAGUUCAAGUGGAUCUGAUGAAUAAUGAGGGUGACACUGCUUUGCACAUCUGUAUACGACAUUAUCGAGAGUUCAGUGGUCAUAAAAAGUGUCUUGAGCAGCUGCUGAGUACUGGAGUUCACAUGGAAAUGAAGGUAAGUCUGGGAACAAUUUCACUCAUUCCUAAAGUUCAUUUUUUUAAAGUGCUGAAAAAUAGGCCCUUUCUGACUUCUAAAAACUCUCACUUUCAGAACAAGGUUAAGUACAAAACUUGUGAAAAUGAGUUUUAUUUGCAUGAGAAUGAAAAUCAUUUUCAAAUCAGUAGGUUUGCACUUAGCCGUGCUUUGAAAGAGAACUUUGGGGUAACUUGCAAAAGGGCCUAUUAAUAGCACAAUGUAAAAGUAGUUGACCAAAAUAAAUUCCAGCACAUUUUGAAGGGGAGUCAUGGAUGUAAAAGAUUUCAUUCUUUCUACUUAAAAAUUUCAUGACUCAGGCUUUAAUUGACUUUGUAAUUAUAUAGAAUCUGUCUAACUUCUUUGAAAUAUGUGGCAACAUGAAGAUGUUAUAAACUUUGUUGUGGCAUCAGCCCAGUUCCUCGAAAGAUGAUUAAGUUUAUCCCAGGAUUAAGCCAAAUUUUAAGCAAAGUUUUCUUCUCUAAACAUGUAACUCAAGCUUUCAAAAUACUGUUGUGUCCUUACUCUGAGAUACAGUAAUGAUAACUUACACAAAUUGUUACUCUAAGCAAUGCAUAGGAAGGUAAAUGCAAAAAGUGCAAAUUUUAAUCCUGGUUUUAGUGCUAAUCGGCCUUUCAGGAACCAAGCCCAAUACUCUAGAGAGAUACCUUGCAACUGUUUCUUCUACUAGUAGUAGUACAAGCAUUGUAGUAUAGUGGCUUUGAUUUUUGUCAAAAGCAGGCAACUCUUAUUGUAUUUUAGCCGAGCUAGCACAUCAGCAGAACACCGUGAAUAAGACAAUUGGUUAUCUACGCAUCCAAGAAAUUUUGGUUCUGACAAAAAUUGUCCGUACAUCCAUUCCUUCAUGUUAGCGGAUGUGAAAUGGCACGCUGAAUAGCUAGGAGUCCAAGGUACACACUCUCUGUGUUCACUUCGUAUUGGUCAUCCAUGCUAUGGUCAAUUGACAGCUGUCAAAACAGGGUAUCUGCUGACCAGUGUCUCAUGACUGUAUUGCAUUUUCAUGUAAACAACUCAUUCAGGUGACAUUUUUUUAAAGUUUUCCUCUGUUUUGGUCUUUAGUUGAUCGCAGGCUCAGGUCCAUUUUCUUAAGGUGGUAUUCAGUUUGCUUUUUGCUUGCGGCCAAAUUUGAAUUACUUGAGAAAGACAUUUCUUAAAAGAUCCUUCGAGAGCUUUGCUUUCGGCCUUGGCUAAAUCUAUAUAUUACUAACAGGAACACUUCUAGUGGCAGAAACAUCUUUGUAACUCUACCCUAUUAAGUGUAAGCGCUGUUCUUUUGAUGUAGAAUGCAUUAGGAGAGACACCUGUCUCAGUUGCUCUGAAGAGCAAGGCCUGGUGCGGACAAGCUCUUGAACUGCUACAUGGUAGAGGACUGGAACUCAGUACUUCGCUCCAGGACUCUGCAGGCGAUACUGUCUACCACAAGUGCGCACGCUCAGGUGAUCUAUCGUCCAUGACCUAUCUCUUGGGAAUAGAUCACAGGGGGCCACUACAGAAAAAUCAUGAUGGUGACACGGCGCUCAGAGCUGCAGCGCUUGAAGGCUCCGAAGUCAUGACACGCACACUGGUUAACACGGUCAGCGGGUUCACCAUGAAAGACAAAGUUGAAGCUCUGGAGUUGCUUGGCGUUGGUCUGUUGGCUAAGGAAAUAUCCCGUGAUUGGGAUAUCUCUGCAGUGGUGAGUUUCUGGAAAGAAUCCCUCGAGCUCAGGCGCACGAAUGGCGUUCGUCUUCCUGCAAGUGCACCUCGCGAGUUUCCGUUGGAGUAUUUCUUAGAAGCGAGGACGUUGAGUGAUUUCAUGUCAUUUUUGUCGAAUCCCAGCGCUGCUACUGCGCAAGCGCUGCAAAUUUGUGACCGUGUGUUGGGUGAUAGACAUUCCCGCCUCCCCUCCCUCCUGGGGACUAUCGGAGAAAGAUUUGCGCAGAUCGGCGAGUUUUGUCGAAGUUUAAACAUCUGGCUCUACGUCCUGGAGGUACAGCUUAAAUCGCUUCCUUCAUCGUCAGAAGCGGUUGAAGAUGUUCUUAACACGUUCCGUUGCUUUGCGGAUGCUUUUGGUUUCGUUCUGAGUCGCAGUGGGGCUGUUCUUCAGUUCAAAACAGUCCAUCACGUCAUCAGAAGUGUUCUCCAAGGCCUCAGAACCUAUCCUACUUUGUAUGAAGCACGUGACAAAAUGAUGGUCUAUCUCCUGCACUACCUGGCCGCCAUGUUGGAAGUCGCGACAGCAGAGCGUGACGUAGUUGUUGCCAUGGAUACGGGCAAAGAAGUUGCUAGGGCUCGUUUGCGGAGUACAACAGGCUCCACUCUCCUUCACCUUGCGUGCAGUUCCAAAACCGAGGACAUCAGCUCAUUAAAGGAACACCUUCACUUUCCAAGUCUCCGAGUCUGCGAGUUCUUGCUGGACAGCGGUAUUGACUUGAACGUAGUAGACGAUGCCAGAAACACAGCGCUUCAUGUACUACUCACCAAAGGUCACGCGGAGAAAGACGUGCUUUCCUGUUUGUUAAAGUCAGGCGCUCAUAUGGACGCGCGGAAUUCUUCAGGGAAGACUGCUCUUGAUCUCGCGAGAUGUGAGAAAGUUCGCCAUGUUAUACGCGCUGCCGAACUGGUGCCUAGUCUCCAGUGCCUCGCGGCUCGGAAGAUCGUGGGAGAAAAGAUGUGUUAUGAAGGAAUAGUUCCGAAGAGACUAGAAUCAUUUAUUCAGCUGCAUUAA